UGUCGCCACCUGCUGGUCCAGUUUGGUAACUGCAUAACUGCUAGAAAGGGACGCGCUCUGAUUGGUUGAUUUCCGUUUUUCUUUAGGUAUGCUGCCUUUAAAUGCAGUUGGAAAUAUGAAUACAUAUACUUGAACGCACUUCAAAAGGGUCAAUAAAAUUGAAAAUUUAGCCGAGAUACCCCUCAAUUUUCUAUGAGUAGACCUUAUUAGAGUCCUUAGAGUCUUUUCGGGGAUUAUAAGAAUUUACAGACAGACGUCACAAUUCGUUGAAAAAAAAGUGUGACACUUUUGGACUUUUAUUAUAAUUUUAUAACAUCGAUUGUUAUUUCGCACCCGUCUAGUUGUCUUUUUAAAAUAAAUACCCAAAUUCAACUAUGACGUUCACUUGAAUGGUGGAAAAAAUGAGAACGUAACAAAACUAGUACAAUUUCCCACCCUCCAACAUGGCUUAUGGGGAACACGUGAAGGCGGCAUCGGUGUCGUAUCGUUGCACUUUCCUUUCAGCAUCCCCACACGACACAGGAUUCACAGGAGACAGUGGCAUUCUGUGUGUGUCUGUGAGGGAGUGAUCAUUAGACAUGACCAUCAGAAACACUCUCCGCGAUCAUGGACAGAGGUAUCGACCGCGCAUGGCUUGUCUCAAGAAGGCAGAGAAGCUGCUGCUGGAGAUGCAGGACCCCAAAACGGGAGUUAAGUCACAGCCUCAGAGACUGGUUAUAACAACAAUACCACACGCUAUUACUGGUGAAGACAUAAUUGCGUGGUUAGCGGACAGAUUCCAAGUAGACACACAAGAGGCGAGGAAUUUUGUCUCCAUGCUGGUGGCGUUGGGGUACAUCUACCCUCUCCAAGACCACAGGCGCUUAGUGAUCAAACCAGAUGCAUCGCUCUAUCGCUUCCAGACGCCGUACUUCUGGCCCACGCAGCAGUGGCCCGUUGAGGAUACAGAUUAUGCAAUCUACCUGGCGAAAAGAAACAUACGCAAGAGAGGAAUCCUGGAGCUGCACGAGCAGGAGCACUACAACCGUCUUCACAAGUGGAUGAAUCACAAAUGGGAUUUCGUCGUGAUGCAAGCCAAAGAGCAGUACAGGGCCGCGAAGGAGAGGAAGAAACCGGACCGCGUGGUGUUCGAGUGCCAGGAGAGAGCCUACUGGGUGGUUCACAGACCCCCGCCAGGGACAGUGAGCGCCAUGGACUAUGGACUGGAUCGACUCACAGAUCCAAACGCAGACGAGGCCAAAACACUCGACUUCUUCGAGAGAAUCAUGAUCUUCACCCAGCAGGCCAUCAUGAGGCCCCGAGUGAAGUCAUCCGUGUCCAUUAGCGCAUUGGUGAAGUACUGCUCCACCUAUAAAAGCCACGACCCGUUCCUCUCCAAUUGUCUGCCCAGCAACCCGUGGCUCACGGACGACGCCACGUACUGGAGCUUGAACAUGCCCAGUGUGGAAAUACCGACUAAAAUGCGCGUGGAGAGGUGGACUUUCAGCUUCGCGGAGCUGCUCUCGGACCCUCGAGGACGAGACGAUUUCAGACUCUUCCUGAAGAAAGAAUUCAGCGGUGAGAACUUGGCAUUCUGGGAGGGCUGCGAAGAUCUGAAGUGGGGCGAAGCAGCGACGAUGAGAGAGAAAGCAGAGCAUAUCUACAAGACAUUCCUGGCACGCGGCGCACCGCGCUGGAUCAACAUCGACGGAAAGACGAUGGAGGUCACGGUGAAGGGCCUGAAACACCCGCACAGAUACGUGCUGGACCCGGCCCAGACGCACAUCUACAUGCUCAUGAAGAAGGACUCGUACGGGCGGUACCAGAAAUCUCCAGUGUUUAAGGAUACGGUGAAGAAGGCCAUCUGUCCUGAAGAGCACCGUUACAGUGACGCCCAGUUGCAGCAGAACGCAAAGAAGAGACGGCCCAGUCUCAGCCCCAUCAUCCUCCGGCAGAUGGAGCAGGAGCAGCGGGCCAAGAUGGCCGCCAAUGUUGACAUCACACAGGUCAUGAGCAAACUCAGCAAGCAGGGCAAGGAGGCGCCCCCCCCCUUCCUCGCCCCCCCGCUAAGAAAUAAACAUAAACGCGUGAUGUUCAGGGAUUUUUAUAGACGUAUUUAGUGGAAUCCUUUAAAAAGAAAUACGCUGCAGUUUCUUAAUGGCAUCUUACUUUUAAGUAUAAAGCCGCUGUCAUAAAUACUUUAUAACAACAAUGGGUGUAAUUAUAUAUUUAUGUGAUCGGGGUCGCCCGUCCUGAUGAACAUCACUUCAGUUCUCCUACACUUAAGGGAGCUUUAAAGCAUAUUUCAGGUCGUAGUUUUGUUUUUACUACCCGCAACUUUGCUGUUUUGGUUCACUCUUGUAGCGUAGUAUUUUGGGAUAGAAAGUCCUCUGUGUACUACCUGCUCAGCACCAAAUAGCAGAUGUACAGAGUUAUCAACCAUUUGUUGAACAUAGUGCAGCAUUUAGCAGCUAAAGAGACAUGUAUUUUCCUCAGGUAGAGAUCAAAAACAGAGCUAAAAAGAGAUGAAACCAGACUAAAACAGUGUGACAAUCAGUUUUAAAAAAUAAAUAAAUAUUAGUUUGUGGAUGUUUCAGCCUCAAAAGGCCCCACAAAUAUAUCUACAUUUAUUCAAACACAACACUGAAAACAGCCGUCAUGCUGAUGUGUUAGUUAGUGCGGCAGAACGUCAUUUUAUUUAAAAAAAGCUAAAUGGAAAGUGGAGUUGUUAGGAAUGAGGAAUGUGCAAUACUGAACAUUUCACACCAAAAAUGAAUGUAUUCAUUUAAAAUGUCUCAUAAAACCACAAUGAGAGGUACAGUUUUGUGAUUUGGGUGAACUGAGCCUUUUAAACGCAUCCUAAAUGCCGACCGGCCAUAUCUGUUACCAUCUGUUACAUGUAUGUCCAUAAAGGUAUUCAUGUUGUUUCUCAUAAUGAAUGUGUUGGACUGUCCAUCUUCACUCAUAUACACUGUUCUGUAUUGUAUGUUUUCUUUGUCAUCAGUCACAAGUUAAUAAAACACACACAAACCAUCUCA